AUGACAGGACUUGGAUCAUCAUGUGGAGCAUGCAAGUUUCUGAGGAGAAAGUGCACAAGUGAAUGUGUGUUUGCACCUUACUUCUCCUACGACCUGGCGGCCAACCACUUCGCGGCUGUGCACAAGGUGUUUGGUGCCAGCAAUGUUUCAAAGCUGUUGUCGAACCUCCCACUGCACCACCGGAGUGAAGCUGCCAUCACAAUAUCGUACGAAGGAUUGGCUCGGAUGAGGGAUCCCGUAUAUGGUUGCGUAGCUCAUAUCUUUGCACUCCAACAACAGGUGGCCAGCCUACAGGAGGAGAUAGAAAUUCUUGGGAACCAAAUGGUUAAUCUCAAAUUUGAUGUGCUUCCCAGUGGAAGUUCUCAAGUGACUAAUAAUCUUUAUAAUUGUCUACAAUUCCGUUCUCCAGAGAAUGCUUUAGACAUGGACGAGUAUCUAAAUCAAGAGAUUCCACAGCUUUCAUCUACAGACAAUGAAUCAGCAAAUCAAGCUUUUUAUAGCCAAAUGAACCUUCAGCUUCCUCCUGUAAAUGGACUGGACGACCCAACUUCUCGUUCUUUCCUUGAUACAGAUACUGAAGGACCAUCGGAAGGAUUGGACCAAGAAAUUUUUCUGCUUUAUCCAUGGAUGGGCAGUGGCUGCGACUACUAG